AUGUACUCGAUUGUACCCUUUCUCGUGGCCUCUGGCCUCAUCACGGUUGCACAGGCUUACACCAAACCCACUGAAGCCACCUGGGGUCCGCUUCUCACCCCCGAUCUGUCCAAUUCCGUCACCCAGGGCCAAGAAUUCACCGUGACCUGGGACCCCGAAGACCACCCAACCGACGGCGUCACCGUCAGCCUCGUCCUAUGCCACGGCCCCUCCAGCAACUGUGUUCCCUCCGACGAUGCCAUCGCCUCUGGAAUCCCCGCUGACCAGAAAUCAUUCAAAUGGGAAGUUCCCUGUGACUUGGCAACGGGCACUGCAGGCACCGACAAUGGAUAUGGCAUGCUGAUCAUUGUCGACGGCACCGGAGAGUUUCAAUACUCUACCCAAUUCUCCUGCCUAGCAGGUAAGGCUUGCUCGAUCUCAUCGGCCUCCUCGUCAUCCAAGAGCACCGCCGUCACAAGCACUGCCGACAACGGCUCUAUCAUCCUAGGCCCUCCCGCUCAACAGACCGGCACCUGGUCAUCAUUAUCCAACUCAACAACAACCUAUACUGGCAGCGGCUGGAGCAGCGCAACUGCCACCCUGACUGCUGGAUCUACUGGCUACACAUUCGGCGGCUCUCCAUCGACCUUCACCACCGUCUCUGGCACCACCGUGAAUGGAGCCAGCACCGCCAGCACCGCUCCCGCCGAAACUACCGUCGUUGCAGGAGGAUCUACAGAAUCUGCCUCCGCCCCGGCCGCCAGCGCAUCGACCUUUGGCGGCGGGGCUCCCCAAGUCGGCUGGAACGCCGCUGUCGCCGUUGUCGCUGGCGCAGCUGCUUUGUUCGCAUUCUGA